ACUCCCGAAAAAAUAACGCAAAGCUCCAACUUCCGUAUCUAAAAGCGUUAGAGCAAAUAUGGUUUAAAAAACAAACAGAAAAACAAUUUAAAAUAAUCCCAAAAACUGCAAGAGUGUAGGAAUUUGCAGAGAACAGCAUGAAAAAAGAGAUAGUUACAUAGAAAGUCAUUCAAACAUUGUUUGACAAUGUUGGAAUAUUUUUCUCUUCCUCCAAAAAAUUUUCCCAUUGUAUUGUACAACACGAGUUUUCCUUCGCACCUCCACCCUACUGAUGCACCCGUCCGUGUGCCCUUCGUGUGACACUCGGUGGAAAAUCGUACGGAUAUGCGCAUGAAAAGUCCACCGAGGAGCAGCCGCCUGCUGAGACAGUACGACAAAUGAACGCACAGUGUCAGUUGGAAAAAAGCUCGUGAGAGAGUAUUUUCCGCGGUCUUUCCAAUUUCACAUGGAAAAUAAACUCACCAUCUUUUCACAAAGGGUGAAAACAAAAAAAAAUUAUACUUUUCGUAUUUUUCGGAACAAAGAAAAACAGUGUUUUCGCAAAUGAACAAGAAAAGAGUUUUUCUUCAGUGAAAAGAAACAAUUAAAAAAAAUCCGUUGUUUGCUUAUAAGUUUUCCCAGUUUAUUGCAAUUGAGUUUCCCCAGUGAGUGUCAUAGAAAGGAACAAUAAUUUGGGCUAAAUUUAAAGUUUUCGGUACAAUUGUGACUAAUAAUAAUUUGUAAUCUUUAGUAUUCAUCCCCCUUGUAUUUAGUCUAAUCAAAAGUUUGGAUUCUGUGCACAAGGAACGUUAGUGAAGUGAUUAGAAUAAAAAAAAAAACAUCGAAAGGCGGUUGAGUGAAAAUUUUUUUGUCUCCAUGGGGGAAAACCAUACACUUGAAUGGUCGAUGGUUCUGCAAAAAAAGAGCGCCCAAAAUCGAUUUUUCCUUCAGAGCUUUGUGCUUUCACCAUCAAAAAUCGUUUUCGCACGAGAACAAUAGUCAAGUAACCUCCCGUGGAAAAUUUAGUUACGGAAUUUAGUUAAAUCUGUCCUAACCCCAAAUCAUCGUGUACGAAUGAACAUACUAUCGGCUAAAAGUGUCAUCAAUUUGCACAUAAACAAUGAAUGAGUGACGAGAAGGUGGGUUGAUGAUAAAGAUGUCUUCAAUCUCGGCUCAGGGAGUCGUUGAGCGCGCGUCCGCCGAACUAUCGAAGCGCAUCAACGGCCUAGGGCUAAGAAAGCACCACGGCGCCAAGGCGAGUGUCAUGGAGCGCGUCACAAAUGUCCUCUGUGGCGGAAGUAGUGGCGGCCAUGCGUCCGCCAAUUCAAUCAAUGCUCCAGAAAAGCCCUCCCGAAUGGCCGCUAUGAAGCUAACAGUGACUAAGGGUGCACCAGGACCACCUAGCCAUACAGGAACACCCCAGGCGGCUCGGAAAAGUCCGCCAGCACCACCAAUUCACACAGUUGAGGAACUCGUGAUGGACGAACGUUUCUUAGGUCGUUUCUUCCUCUACUUCAGCCCUCUAGAACGGUGUGUCCUAGCACAGGUGUGUCAGAAAUGGAGAGAUGUGCUAUACCGUAGUCCACGGUUCUGGUCGGGACUGCUUCCGGUGCUACAAAGUCGUGAACUGCGUCAAGCGAGUGGUCAAGAUCGCGUAAAGCUCUACAACUCUCUCAUUCGCCGUGGUUUCCAUGCAAUAUGCCUCCUGGGCGCCACCGACGAGGACGCUCUUGACAUUGUUCACUCCUUCCCGCUCGCCUCCAAACACAUCCAUUCCCUAAGUCUCCGGUGCUCAUCCGUCAGCGAUCGAGGACUUGAAGCACUGCUUGAUCAUCUUCAGAGUCUCUUUGAGCUGGAGCUGGCCGGUUGCAAUGAGGUCACCGAAGCUGGACUCUGGGCAUGCCUCACCCCCAGAAUAGUCUCCCUCUCGUUGGCGGAUUGCAUCAACAUCGCCGACGAGGCGGUUGGUGCCGUGGCACAGUUACUUCCAUCUCUCUACGAAUUUUCACUGCAGGCUUAUCACGUUACAGAUGCUGCUCUGGGGUAUUUUUCACCAAAGCAAAGCCACAGUCUCAGCAUUUUAAGACUGCAAUCGUGUUGGGAACUCACAAAUCAUGGCAUCGUUAAUAUCGUCCAUUCUCUACCACAUUUGACAGUACUAUCACUGUCUGGAUGCAGUAAGGUCACCGAUGACGGUGUUGAACUGAUAGCUGAGAAUCUACAGAAACUCCGAGCACUGGACUUAUCGUGGUGUCCAAGGAUAACAGAUGCAUCACUCGAGUAUAUUGCAUGUGAUCUUAAUCAAUUAGAAGAGCUGACACUGGAUCGAUGUGUCCAUAUAACAGACAUUGGUGUUGGAUAUAUUUCAACAAUGCUAUCUCUAUCAGCCCUAUUUUUGCGUUGGUGUUCGCAAGUUCGCGAUUUUGGACUACAACACCUCUGCCAAAUGCGAAAUCUUCAAGUUCUCUCAUUGGCUGGUUGUCCAUUGUUGACGUCCAGUGGACUGUCGAGCCUCAUUCAACUGAGACACUUGCAAGAGCUCGAGCUGACAAAUUGUCCAGGAGCAUCGCAAGAGCUCUUCGAAUAUCUGCGAGAACAUCUUCCGCGUUGUCUCAUCAUAGAGUAAUAUUGUGUAAAAUUUUAGGUGAAAAUUUCUUAGCAAAAUUUGUAUAAUUGAUAAAGAAAUUAGGUUAAGAAAAGAAAAGAAAAGAAAAAACAAUCCCAUUAGAGAAAUAAAAUGCGCGCGCUAAUGAACGACUGUUUAAUGGAAGGGAGGAACAUUUGUAGCUUUCAGAAGGACAUCAAUUGGAAAUUGAGUCAUUUUAGCCUUUAGGAACUUGCACUUUCCAUUAGAAAUAUACUCAGAUAAAAAAAGUCUAAUCAGAAUAAAAAGAAAGCAUUAGAAAAACUUUACUCAAUGGAACGCAUCUUUCAUUUGAACUUUCUUAUAAAUCUUCAUUAGAAGUUAAUUAUAGAAUCUCUGUCGAAAUAGGUAACUAUGGAUUAAUUUUCAUGGAUAAUUUAAUUAAGUAAUUAGGCAAACCCCAAAUUGAGAUAUCAAGAUAGAUUUUUACAUUAAUGCAGUUUGACUCCUGAAAAAAUGGUAUUUCCCACUUUCCUGUGUUCCUUUUAAUGGAAUAUUUUGCAGCAAGUUGGCACUUGACAUCCAAAAUAAGUUGCACCAAUAAAUAAAUUUAAGCCACGCCCCUCAAGGGCGAGGCUUAUAUUUAAAGGCAAAAAAAACAUAUUUUCAUGAUUUUUCUUACAUUCAAAUUGAGAUCUAUUCAUGAAUGUUGAAAAAAAAUAAUAUAUUGUAAUAAAAAAACAUUUUUGAGAUUUUGAAUUGCAAAUAUUUCUACUGCUGCAGAAAUUACAGUACCUGUUUAUGCCGGUGAUAGCGAUCGUAAUUUUAUCUGAAACAAAAAAGGGUUAAUUGUUACAAAAAAAAUUAUUUGUCAAGGAUUUAAAGAAACACAAUCCAUUCUCGCCUAAGUCUUUUCUGUAACAUUUUCAGACGGAAUUAUUCCUCAAGGCUCCGCCCACAAAAAAAUAGACUACGCCCCUUAGAAUGGGCUCCUUCUCAAUUAAGGAUUUUUUAUCAAGCAACUAAAGGAUACUUAUUUAAUGACACAAAACAACUCACAUCAUCAUUCUCGCUGUUUAUUUUACCGAUAAUGCCGAACUAACCAGAAAUGUCCUAAGAGUCUUUUUUUUUUUCAAUCAAUUAUUUCAUAAUAUUGCCGAAAAUUCUAGGCAAACCAUGAUGUAUAUUUUUUAAACCCAAUUAUUGUAAAAGUCGAAAUAGAAUCAGGCUAAUCCUCGCGAAUAUUUAGCCUGUAAAAUUUGGCAGUAAAGUAUUACUAAAACAUAUUUCUAAUAAAUAGGGUUCCCAAUAUGAGAUUCCGAAAGUCCUGGAUUUUGAUGCGUUUUGGAAUCAGGAUUACUCCUGGGAUAAGAAAUUUAAAUAAAGAUGAAUCCCGGUAUUCCGAAAUUCUUUAAUAUUGUGAUUUUGAAAACCCCGAAAAUUUCAGGAUUCGGAAAAUUGCGGGGUUCUGAAAACUUUAGGAUCUCGAAAUCCAGGGAUACCGAAAAUCCCACGGUUCCGAAAAUUCCAGAAUUUCGAAAAUUGCAAGGUAAUGAAAAUCCUAGGAUCCCGAAAAUCCCAGAUUCCCUGAAAUUUCGGGAUUCCAAAAAUUAAAGGGUCUUAAAAAUCGUGGGAUGUUGAAAUCCCGAAUAUUCUAAGAUUCUGAAAAUUGUAGGGUUCUGAAAAUCCUGGGAUGCCAAAAACUGCAAAGUCUGGGAUAUCAAAAUCCCAAAAAUCCCAGGAUUCCAAAAAUUGGGAUAUCUUGAAAAUUCUGGCAUCUCAAAAAUCCGAACAUUCCGAGAUUUUAAAAAUUGUAGGGUCCUGGAAACCUUGUAUUUCAAAAUUCAAAAAAUUCUGGAAUUUCAAAAACUGAACUUAUAUUCGGGAUACCAAGAAUUGCGGGGUAAUGAAAAUCCUGCGAUCCUGAAAAUCCCAGAAUCCAGAAAAUUUCAGGAUUCCAAAAAUUAAAGAGUCCUAAAAAUCCUGAGAUGUCGAAAUCCCGAAAAUUCUGUGAUUCCGAAAAUUGUAUGGUCCUGAAAAUUCUGGGAUUCCAAACACUACGAAAUCUCGAAAAUCCUCGUAUUUCAAAAUCCCAAAAACUCCGGCUUUCCAAAAAAAAAACUAGUACGUCUUGAAAAUCCUACCAUCUCGAAACCCCGAAAAUUCCGAGAUUCCAAAAAUUGUAGGGUCCUGGAAAUCUAAGUAUUUCAAAAUGCGAAAAAUUCUGGGAUUUCAAAAACUGAAGGGUUUGAAAAUUCUAUUCGGGAUUCCAAAAAUUGUGGGGUCGUUAAAAUCCUGACAUCCUGAUAUACCGAAAAUUGAAGGAUUCCAAAAAAUUGUAGGGUCCCGAAAUCCCGAAAAUCUCGGGAUUCCAAAAACUGCGGUGUCCAGAAAAUCCUUGUCUUUUGAAAUCCCGAAGAAUUCUAAGAUUCCAAAAACUCCAGAGUCCUUUAAAUUCUGGUAUCUCGAAAUUCUAAAAAGUCUGGGAUUUCAAAAAUUGAAAUCCCAGAUUUCGAAACUUGAAAUACUUGGUUUUCGAAAUUUGAAAAACCUGGUAUCUCGAAGUUCUGAAAGUCCAGGGAUUUCAUAAAUUGCAGAGUCUAAAAUCCAGAAAAUUUGGGGAUUCUAAAAGUUAUAGGGUCCUGAAAAUCCUGGAAUAUCGAAAUCCCGAAAAUCCUGGAAUUCUGAAAACUGCGGCGCAGCGUCUUGAAAAUCUCGUGAUAUCGAAAUCCUGAAAAUCCCGAUAUUUUGAAAAAAAAAUCGAAAAUUCUGAGAUUCUAAAUACUGUAGGGUUCUGAAAAAUCUCAUUCUUCGGAAUUUCGAAAAUUUCGGUAUUUCAAAAAUUGAAGUGUCUAGAAAACCCUGGAAUUCGAAAUCCCGAGAUUACAAGAAUUAAGGGAUCCUGAAAAUCCUGACAUCUCGAUAUCCCAAAAAUCCUGGGAUUCCGGAACUUUGUUUUCGGGAUUAGACACCUGACGAUUAUGACAAUUAUGCCAAUUUGCCUAUCAAAAUUUUGUAUGCAAAAACUUUGGCAUGUUCGGGAGCUGAAAAUUGGCAGAAAACUGACGUCAAAAAUGUUUUGCAUAUAUUAUGCCACUCUUUUAAGUUAUUUGAGAGAACUCUUCUACGCGUAUGCAAAUUUUCUAGAUGAAUGAAGCCAUUUCGGGCGAUUUUCCGUUCGGGAAAUGUGCAUAAUCCUGGGACCCCCUACAACAAUUUCAAUUUAUCGCAGUAAAAGCACCAAUUUUUAUCAUUCCCAUUGAAAAAUCGUAAUAAAAAAUACCGAGGAAAAUGUAUUACCUUAAUUUUUAAAAAUUAACAUACGAGAGGCGUGGCUUGUUUAUUAUCGGAAAAUCCUUUACACAUAAUUUUUUUAUUGUGGGAUUUAUUUGGAUAAAAUAGCAUGAAAAUCUAAAUAAUUAAGCAGUCUAAAAUCGAAAAUUAAUGUGGAUUUGUACAAUUAGGCCACGCCCGGAAAAAGGGGCGUGGCCUAUAUUUAUUCAUGAGUUUCGCUUACUUAUAAAUUAGAAUUCCAACUCUAUGCAAAAUAUCUGAUUAAAAAGGAAGAUAGAUACCAGUAAAGUGAGGUAUUUGCCGGAAAAAAAAUUGCGUACAAUUUUGAGAGCACUGACUGUUGAAUUGUUGUUGUUGAAAAUCUUCUAUACUCAAAUCAAUCUUAUAGAAAUCUCCCUUUUUCUCAGUGUAUCCAAGUACAAUAAUUUCAUGCAAAAAAGCAAAGUGCGAAACCUGUCCAAAAGUUAUCAUUCUUAGAGUGUCUUUAAAAUGUGAAAUUCUAGUCAAUUUUCUUCACUUUCUCCCCUCACACUGUCCAUCUCUAAAAACCCUCACACACCAAAAUACAUGUUUACCUGUACAAAAAAAACCCAAAUGUGGCAGUAAAAAUGCCACUUGAUGUGUAAUAGGAUAAAACAAAUGAAAAGAAAACUAUAUUGGCUUACCCGCAGAAUUAAACUUGAGGGAGUAAGGCAAGAAUGAAAAUAUUGUACAUUUAACACUUUGAGCACCUGCCCAUGACUAGCAAAAAAAAAACAGAGAAAGAGAGUAAAAACUACCAGAAAAGCAGCGAAAAGACACAAUUCUGUGACGAUUUUUUCUUCAAAAGAAAAACCAAUUCGCAGUUAAAGAUAAUCUUGCUAGGCUUAAGAGGAGUACAUUAGGAGAUAAUAGACAAAAUGUGCUUAGUUUGUAAGAAAAAGAAGAAAAAAAAUCAAAUUGUAAUAAUGUUUUCUGUUCGAAAACAACUUUUAUUUAUUUAUUUUUAUUCUUUUCUCUUCCUUUUCAAAGACUGAAAGAGAAAUUUUUUUUUAGGUGAUUGUACACUGAGAAAAAUAAUUCUUCUUAAAAUGUAUGUGCUGAAUGACGUCAUUGGAAUUUAUAAUUUACCUUUUUUUAAAAGGGAUUUCAAGCAACAAUCAAACAAAUUAGGAAAGAUUAAGAAAAGUUCUUAAGUAGACAGUAGGUUAUGUGUAAAAGUGAGGUUAUGAUCAGAAAGUAACUUAACCCAAAAGAUUUUUUUUUUAACUAAAAUUUACUUUGGCUUGCCACGAUUUCCAUAGGAUGAUUAGAUAAUGCUAUUAUUUAGUUAAAAUUUGGUAAACAAUGUGAGGUUAUGCUAAACAUAACCUUCAAAACUUUCCAAACAUUAUUGCGCUGAAACACCUUUUAGACCAAGAAAAAUUCAUGAAAUCGAAAUUAACAUCCUUAUCUUUCUCAAAUUGUUUGAAUAAGUCUAUCCUACUCUUUCGCACUCUUCUUCUUCUUUCAAACAUCACACCAAAUUAAAUUUACAGUGCUGUCUCUCUAUAUGCACACUCUCUAUAUGCACAGCUUUUGUGUCAGUUGCAUUCAAAAUCAAUUUGUUUACAUUUUGACAAAGUAAUAAAGAAAAUUAUUUUCUUGGUAAUUAAUUUUUCUCGUUUUUAAUUAUCUUAAUUUUAUAUUUUCUGUCUCAUAUUAUAGUUAAAAUAACACGGGAAAUUCUAGAACAAUAAAAAAUAUAAUAAUUUAUUAAAAGAAGGAAAAAAACCGUUGGGAAUUUCAAAAAGAGUUGUGCAUAUUCAGAGAGAGAACUGUCAAAAAAAGUACCCAAACUGUGCAUAUAGCGAGACAGCACUGUAGUUCAGUCCAAUAUCGAGUCCGAAAGAGUGAGAUAGACUUAUGCAAAGCUUCUGAGAGAGAAAGGGACGUGAAUUUUGAUUUCAUGAAGUUAUACCGAGCUAAAAGAUGUGCCGGAGCUAUUAAAAUAAUUUAAAAUAGAGUAAAAAUUGAAAAAAAAAUAUUAGGUUAUGUCAAAGCUAACCUGAAAUACUAAAUACAUAUUUUGUGGACUGAAUUUUCAAAACUGGAAUUUAAAAGAAUUUUUGAAGACAAAAUUGAUCAAAUCCUGUACAUUUUAAAUUAUUUGAGUUCUCUCUUUGAUAAAAAAAAAUUCUCAAGAGAUCCGUUAGUUCAGUGUCUUUAUUUAGUUUUUGGCUUAAUUCACUUGUUUUCCUUAAGUAUCAUUUUAAAAUUUGAAGAUCUGUCUGACUUAACCUCAAAAAUCCAGGUUAUGGUAAAAAUUCUAAGGUUUUAAUGUCUAAAUACAAUUUUAACUCCAUUUUAAACAUUUGAAAAAUAGAAGAAACAAUAAUCAAGUCUAGACACAAAUGCAAUAAUGCUUUCUCUCCAGAAAAUCUAUCAAAACGAAUUCUCAAAAUUUUUUGAUUUUUUAGGUUAUGCUUAAUAUAACCUGAAAUUCCUAACUAACCUCUUUUGACUGAUCAAGCGAAUAAAGAAUAAAAUUUUAAUGUUUUGUUUUGAACUAUCUAGUCAAUCGACUCUUUUCAAUCGCGCUAUAUUCAAUUCAGAUGACCGUAGCGGCCGUAGCAUUUGAAAGAAGUUUGUUGAUUAUUUUCAAGUUUGGUUAAGUUUGUCUAUUGAACCAAAUAUCAUCAAAUUUACUAUCAUUUUUCUUAAUUCUAUCGAUACUCUUUAUCAUUGAUGUUUUUUGUGGAAAUUUUAAUGACUAUUGAGUAGAAUAAAUUAAUUAUAGGUUAUAUCGGUUAUGUACAUUGGCUUUCAAACAGUUUCAUGUCCGAUUUUCAUAAUGACCCAAUUGACUUUUUGCCCCAAAUGCCCAAUUGAGAGAGAGUCUACUGUACUCCAAAUGGUUAGCUGUUUUAUUUUGGAUAUUAUGUUGUAUCUAACCUCAAAAAUUUGCCAAUAAUUUUGAAAAUAGAUAACUACUCCUAAGGCUCUAAACUUUACUUUCACAGUAGAUUUUGAUAUUUUGAAAUACGAAAAGAAUGUUUUGGAACUGGUUUUGUUUGAAACUAUAUCAAAAAUCCCUGAGAAAAACAUUUUUGAGGUUAUAACUCAAACGCAGUAUCAAAUUAGGAAAGACGAUUACAAUUGCAGCAGAAGUAAACCAAAUUGUUUUAUUCGCCUUUAAAAUACUUAAAUUAGGAUAGGAAUUAAAAUCUUGUAUGUUUUUGGCUUUCAUAAUGGAAAUAUUUUAGGUUAUACAGACUUCAGACUUAAGACUUAGCCAUAUGGCUUAACAGCUCUAAAUUCAUAUUAACCUAGAUGUUUUGAAUGAAUGAGAAUUGGAUUAUGAAGAAUAAGUGUCCUAUUACAUUCUGAAAAAGCAAUAAAAUUGGUUGCUAUUUAGGAUUUUGAGACCUUCAGUUUCAACAUAACCUCAAUUUCGAUAAAAAACCUUAAUCAAAUGAAAAAAUUACACCCAAUAUUACAUUAUAUUGCUUCUUAUUCUGUUAUAGUUCACACUUCCUUAUUCGGAUGAUUGGGAAACAAAAUAACAUAUGCCCGCUUCGUUAUCCGGAUGGACUUUUUGAAUUCGUUCUUCGAAAAUAUAAUAUACAAGAUUUUUUUUUUGAUUUGUUUGUAGAAUUAGUAUUAGAGUUUUAAAGGAGGUUAAAAAGACAUAAUCAGAGAAUUAUAUGCUAUUUAUUAAACAAAAACAUCACAGGAUAAUUCAUUUUCAUUGCUGAACACACAUGAAUACAUAACCUCAAAAGUAAUUUAAAUGUAACCGUCGAGAACUCGUCCGGAUUACGCCGAUCCGGAUUAGAGAGUGAGCACUGUAUUUGGGUAAGAAGUCUUAUUUUUAAAUUUUAAGUUAAUGUUCCACGCUAGACCGGGGUAGAAUUAAUCAGCAAAUGACAUUUUUCUUAACCUAUAAUUUUGUGAAAAACAUUUUUAAAUCAAAUUGAUGAAUAUUUCAAUGAAUAGAGAGGGAUUUAAUUCCUCUGAGUAAACAAUAGACUGCUCAAUAUUCUUUCAGGGGAAAACCAUAACACCCCACUGUCUAAUUCUACCCCUGGAUAAUUCUGCCCCGAUCUCCUUUACCUAACCUCAUUAAUUGAUAAUUUUUAGAUAAAUUUUUGAUGAUUUCAGUAAAAACAAAUGAAAGAAAAGGAAUAAAGAACGGCCAAAAAGCUCGGAAAUUGGAAAAUUCUAACCUCGAAAUAAUUUUUUUUACAUAGAUGGCACAUGAAAGGUUAGAAGUUAACCUCGUUAAACAUCAAAACUUUUUUUUCUGCACGCAGAUUCUGGCCUAAAAACAAAAACAAAAAAAAAAACAAAAAUUCUACAAUGAAGCUAAAAGUUAAUUGUUAGGGUAAAUUAAGCUAAUUCAAAACCUGCUCCAAAUGGAAACUUUUCGCUAAUCCAAAUGGAAACGUCAUUUUUUUCUAUGAUAAAUACAGUACUAAAUUAUUAUUUAUAUAAUUUCCUAUACCACAGUUUCAUUAUUUAGUUAAUUUUGCUCCAAAUAAUGCGAAAAUCGUUUCAUAUUCACAAAUUUUAGUUUGUUAAUUUCUCAGAACAAUUGAAAAUGUACCUUUUCACCAUCAAAUUUUUCAUCGAUAGACAAUGUUUUCCAAUGAAAAACACAAUCAACAAAACUGAUCGUUUUGUUUAACAUUUAAUGUCAUAUUUCUGGCUAAUUUUAGUUAAAUUAAGUGUUGAUCUUUAUUGUUAACUGUACGUGAAGUUUUCAAAUGAAAUUAUUGCCUAUUUCUUGAACAAAAAGGGUUUUUCUGAAGUGUCUGCAAAUGCUUCAAUAGGAGCCAGGAAUAAGAACAAAUCCUGCACUCAGGAGCAACUCAACAAGGUUUUGGAAGCCUUUCAUCGCGGUUUCACUUACACUGUUCGUCUCCAAUUAGAAACUUUUCCUUGUCUCCAUUUGGAUUAAUUUGUUUCCAAUAGAAGCAUUUUACACUCGCGUAUUUUUCUUGUAUUUAAGAAGUUUUUAAAUUAUAUCUAAAGAAUUUUCACUAAACAGUAACAUUCUAAAAGAGUCAAGGAGCAAAUUUAUGUAAUUCUCUUUAGAAAAAAUAUGAACUUAAUGUGUUAAAUCUUCUGUCAAAGUUAAAGCGUCUGGAAAUGGUUUUGAAUUAGGACAUUUACCCUACCUUUUUAGUUAAGAAAAGUUAGAAAUGUGAGGUUAUACUGAACAUAACCUUCAAAAAUCAAAUGAAACUUCAAAAUUCUCCAAGAGAUAGCAUUCUUUUUGUUAAACUCUUUCAUUUGUGGCAUACAAAGUGGACUUUGAAACUGAAAUUUAGGUUAUCGACCUUUGACAACAUAACCUAUUGCCUAACCUAUCAAAAUCCGUUGCGAAAGUGAAAAUGAGAAUGCUAAAAUAUCAAAUUUAUUAAAAAACAAAAUCUAAACACUGUAAAUUAUUUAUUCUAAUGACGUCAUUUUAAGCAACUAAAAUCAAUGCGCUCUGAAAUCAUUUGUGCGCAGCCCAUAGUUUAGGAAAAAACACUGUUUCUCAGUCUCUAAAUUUUAUGUCUAUUCAGUAUUAAGUAGAAAAGAACGCAAGAUCCAUUCGUUGAAGGGAAUAUUUUGUAAAUAAAUUGUAAAAACAAAUGAAAUAUUUCGUUAGGAAUGAGAAAAAAUAAAAAAAAACGCGAUUAAACGUUCUGUUCGGUCAAUUGUGUAUUUGAAAAAAAAAAAUAAGAAAAAAAUAUUUAAAAAUUGUGGGGAAAAAAUCACGAGAAAUAAUGUUUAAAUAAAAAAUAAAUAAAUAGUUGUAGCAAUAUGAUGUAAAUAAAAAGGAUGACUUUACCUCA